UAUCAUAUUCUCAAAAUACUAUCAUAUUCUCAAAAUACUAGUAGUCAUAUUUACAUUUUCAUCAGAAAAAAAGAUGGGUUUGAGUUGUGGUGGAAAAGGGUUCCUUCCACUACUCCUAGCUGCCACUCUCUUGGCAGUCGGUCAGGCAAGAACCCUUGUCGUUGGAGGGUCUGAAGGUUGGCGAUUUGGAGUUAACUACACUGGAUGGGCCAUUCAAAACGCCCCCUUUUACAUUAACGACAAACUAGUGUUCAAGUACGAUCCUCCAAGCGAAUCGGGCUAUGCUUACACAGUUUAUUCACUGCCGUACCUUGGAAACUACGUGUCCUGCGACUUUAGAAGGGCAAAGCUGUUGGCCAAUGAGACGCAAGGAGGAGGUGAGGGCUUUGAGGUGGUGCUGAGCCGGUGGAGGGCUUAUUACUUUGCUAGUGAUGGGGGUGACGGCUACCACUGCAAAGAUGGACCAAUGAAGUUCAUUGUAGUGCCUGCACCACGCCGCGACGACUAAAUAGCUUUGUCCCCUCCUUGAUGACAAAUACUAGAUAUAACAUACAAGUUGGCUGGCAUUGGAACUUUCCGUUGUUAUAUGUGAUCUCAUACACUCGGAAAUAAGGAAAUCCGUGAGUGGUUUUCACACCUUUUUUUUUUUUUUUUUUUCCCUUUUCUUUUGCAAUGUCAUGGUACUCGUUUAUACAAGUCUAGAGGAAAUAAGUGUGAGAUUAUGUAUUUGUCUUUCAUUUACUUUACGUACUUUCAAAUUAGCGUCUCUUUCCAAAAAUUGCAAGGAAAUGAAUGAAA